GGUUGCAGCCUGCCCAUGUGGGCCUCAGGAGCCGACGCCAGGGACGGGGACAGCUCCGUGUCAUCCGGCCGUCUCUCGGGCUCCUCGGGGGGCCACGAGGCCUGCCCUCCUCCCUGUGGGACCUGGAAGGAGAGACCCCCACAGGUGCUGGGCCCACAGCGGCAGCCCAGGAGGAGCGACCCCCGGCUGGAGCAGCUGAGGGAUCGGAUCCGGGCACAGGCCCAGUGGCAGGGGAGUUGUGCCUCGCUGGGCACCUCGGCCCUGUCCAGCACCUCUGCGCAGGCCCUCCGCAGGAAGACCUGCAGGGUGGCCUGUGGCCUUCCGGCCCCCACACAGCCAGGCCGCAACGGGCAGAGCACGGCGGAGCACAGGACCCACGGCCCAGCCACCUUGGGCCGGGUGCGUGAGCUCUCCAGGGCCUCACAGCCCUCAGUGCCUUCAGGUCCAAGGGAAAAAUGCAAGCGUGCCCGGAGCUGCUCAUGCAGGACUGACCCAGCUCCCAGGCUGCCUGCCCCUGGCAAGGCAGCUAAAGGCCGAGACCCCGAGGCAGUGGGUGUGUAUGCCUGGAGAAGAGGACAAGCCGCUGCCCGGUCGCUGCUGGGACCCCCUCCCAGGAGGCUGCAGAAGGACAGUAAGAAGGCCACCACUGCAAGCUCCUCCAGCACCCGGGUGCCCCGUGCCGUCCCUGCCCACAGCCACCGGCAGGUGUCUGAGCCGGCGCCUAGCCAGGUGUCCUGCGACCAGCCCACCAUGAUCCACACGGCCAUGGAGACCCUGCAAGACCUCCGGCAGCAGAUCCAGGCUGGGCUGGACCUGGCCAGGGGGCCCCGCGAGGGACAGAAGCCGAAGACCAAGCUGAAGCCUGAGGCAUCCGCCGGGAUGAGGCCUCAGGGCCCAGGCAGCACCCCAGCAGCACAGGACGCUGCCCGCAAGUGUCCCUGGGCCCCACUGGAGCGACGCCACUCCUCCCCUGGCUGUGCUGGGGGCAUCCACUGCCGACUGCCCUGCAGCCCGUCAGCCACGUGGCAGUCCAGGCUGAGCCGGGAGCCGCCCAGGAGCCCCUCCUUCCAGCGGCCGUGGAGCACCUGCCUGCCGCAGGCCAGGGCGGCCAGUGAGGCCUGGGGGACGCCGUGGAGCCCCCCGGAGAGGCCACGCGCAGCCCCCCUGCGGCCUUGGAGCAGCUCGUCCGUGCUCAGGGCUGGCACCACCUGCAAGGACAGAAGCACUGGGCGCCCGCCCUCAGGAGCCAAGCAGGCCUGGCCAGGGCCCACGAGGGCCGUCCCCGCUCCCAGCGCCAGGCCCGCAGCACCCUGUCCCCGGCUCCAGGAGCCGCUGGGCCGGCUGCACAGCUCCGAGUCCCUGCGUGACAUCAUACGGCAACGAGCGCUGCAGGCGAAGGCCUCGGCCGCCCGGGCCCUGGAGCUGCGCAGCCAGCGGCUGCAGGAGGUGUACCGCCAGCAGGAGGAGGCCGUGCUGGGCAAGGCCAUCCCCUUGGUCUCCCAGACCACUCCCGGCAUUGUCACCUUCGUUCCCAGCACCGCACAGAGCGGGGGUGUGGACGCCCCUGAGAGCCUGGGGUCCCCAGUGCAGGAGUGGAGUAAGGUGACAUCUGGCGUGGUACGGGGUGACCAGGAGGCCCCGGGCAGCUUCUGCCUGUGUUUGAACAGACCCUGGGGUCGCACUGAGGCCUUGCAGCCGGGGCGCCUGCGGGACGCGGCACCUCUCCUUCACUCAGCCUCACUGGGCGCCCUGAGGCUCCAGGACCUGCCCCGCGGGCUGUGCGUGUACCUGGACCCGCAGGAGGCCGAGCGCCUGGGCACGGCCAGCCCACGGCACUGGACCCACAAGCUGGAGCGGCUGCGUGCGCUCGAGACCAUGGCGGACGUGUUGAGGCAGCGUGUGGACAUCCUGAGCACGAAGCUGCACCACCUUGAGGCGCCGCCCUGGGACCUGCCGCCCUCGGGCCCCGAGCCUGCGCCCGCCGCUACUGCCGGCCCCGGAGCCAUCGCGUCCAAUGGCGGCCGAGGGGUGGACGUGCAGGCCGGGCCCUUCCCGGAUGCAGAGAUGCUGCUCUGGAACCCCUGCUGGGAGCCAUGUAGCCUGAGCCCCGGAUCCCCCUUCGAGAGCAGGUCCCCAGGCGUGGACGGGAGGCCCUGGGAGCUGCAGAGGCGGCUGCAGCGGCAUGCAGCAUCCUUCCAGGCCCUCCGCACCUUGGUAGGCAGCUCUCUGCCAGCUGCCCUGGACCGCACCUGCGAGCCGCUGUGGCUGGAGGAGCCGCCAGCAGCCACCACAGUAGCGGGCUUGGGAGCACCCUGGAGCAGCUGGAGCUGUGGUGACCCGGAGCCCUCAGGGUUGCAUCUCCAGGACCUGCAGGGCGGGCACCUGGUCAACAUGCAGCUCAAGUCAGCCUGCUUCCUCGAGUCCCUGAAGCAGCAGCAGAAGGCAGAGGCGCUGGCCCUUCUGCAGCAGCGGGCGGAGCAGGAGCUGUGGGCCACAGAGGCCGCGCUGGACACGCUGCGCUUCAAACGCCAGCUGCAGCUGGGCCAGGGUGGUGCCAGCAGUCCCAGCUCCCCGACCACCCCCACCAUGCACCGCGGCGCCCGGAGGCCGGCCGCGGCCCCCUGCCAGCCGUCUCCUCUGGACGACCCCGGCCCCCAGGUACGCGGGCCGGGCUCCGGCAGCGGGGGUCUCGGGGGUCGCGGGGGUCAGCCAGGCCGGGGCGACUCCGGAGGACCCGGGUGGACACUGGUGGCCUCCUUCCCCGGGCCGGGGGCCGGGAGCCAGCCGCCGCCCUCGGGCGAGGCUGUGCUCGCGCGCAGGCUGACGGGGCCCGGCGGAGCCGAGCCCAGAGCUUCCAGAACCUUCGGCCGCUUCACCUUCCAGAUGUUAGAACAGAGCCUGCGUGAGGAGAAGCUGCGCGCGCAGCACCAGGCCGCCCUGCUGCGCCUGCGCGAGAUGGCGCUGGAGGAGAGAACGCGCGCCGAGCUGGCGUGGCUGCAACACCAGCGGGGGUACUUGGGGUGCGAAGGAGACAAGGCCGCGUGGGCCGCCCUGGCCGAGAGGCAGCAACAAGCCCUCAGCAACCUGGAGAAGGGGAAGAAGGAGAUCCGUCAGCUGCGAGACAUCCAUUUGUCCAUGCACCGCGACCGGACGCUGCUGCUGCGGCACCAGAAGGACAUCCUGGCCGUGCAGCGGUCCACGGCCUGCCUGUGGCGGGAGCUGCACAGCCAGGGCGCUGGACCCCGCCCCUGGAGGAGUCCCGACAGCGCCCAUGUGCCUGCCCCCACAGCAGAGCAGACCCUGACAACCCCCACAAUGGCUUCCGAUGCCGUCAGCCCCCUGCAGCCCCCAGGGCCAGAGUGGGGAGAGGAUGGGGCUGAGGGCAGCGGGCUGCCAGCCGAGAGUGACUGCCAUGUUGACCAAGGUCUGGGGGCUCCCCAUGGCCUGCUAGAGGCCAGUGACCCUAGGGCUCUGCCUGCUACUCUCCACCUGAGCCUUCUGGGCCUCCAGCAGCACCAGCCACUGGGCCUGGUCUUCGCUGUACGCACCCUCCCCCAGAGGCCCAGCCCCUUUCCCUGCCUGCCUUACGGUGCUUGGAAAGCAGCAGCUGUGCCCGGGGCGUCCGUCCCCGGCCCUGGAGACCCUCGGAGCAAGCCUAGUCCAUGUUUGGCUGAGGAGCCUGGUGCCUGGACGGGCAGCUGCAUGAAGAGCUUCCUGGACCAGCACUGGCUCUGCCUUCAUGGAGAGGGUCCCUGCGUGGCUGAAGGCCGCACCAGCAGAGAGGGUCCGGAGGAGCCCCAGGCCCCAGAGAGCCGGCAGUCGGGGCCACAGAGGAUAGAAGCCCCCAGGCUGGAGGAGCCUGGUGCCCCCCUUCCCCAGCUGGGAGCCACCCCAGUGCGUGUCCACCCCCAGGAGGUGCCUGCUGCUCAGUGCCUGGACAGCCCCUGGCCACAGCCCACAACCCCCAUGUGCCUGAACCCGGAGUCCGCCCCUGGGACCCCCUCAGAGCCUUGGGAAGCACCAGGGUCCACCUGCACCUCCUGGGCCAGCUCCACCAGUGGCCAUGCCACGCCCUCCCUGCCCGGAUUCUGCAAAGCCACGGCCGUCCUGGUGCAGCUCUCAGAUGACAGCGCGGCCUCUGUGUGCAGCGCGGGCGCCGAGCACGGGCCCCACACGGGUGGCGGCGGCCCCUCCUUGGAGGCCCCAGGCCUGCCUCUGUCCGCUGCCCCUGAGGGCCCAGGGGGAGCAGCCUGGUGGGCCGGUCCCUGCGGGGACUCGUGUGUGGAGGCAGCAGCGGUGGGCAGCUCGGAGCCUGAGCACGGCCCCCUCUCCGGGAGCUGGUCGCUGCCCCUCCCAGAUGCCCCCUCUGCAGGAUCCGGGUCGGAGCUGUCGGAGGCCUCCAGUCACGUGUGGGACGAGCACAGCUGGGAACCUUGCCCAGGACCCGGCCACCUGCGAGACGCAGAGACCUCCUCCCCAGACCCUGGGGCCCUGCAGGAAGAUUCCAGAACCUGCGACGGCCUGGCCAUUAGAUCUAAGGCAGGGGAAACCAAGAGGGCGUCUACGGGGGAGGCCUGCCCAGCGGUCACCUCACACACUUCCUCCUCCAGGCUGUCACUGACCUCCGCCUCAGCAGAGCCCGCCCCUCAGCAGGAGAGACCCCAGCAUGCCACGCCCCAAGUCCCUCCCACCGCACACGCUCCUUCUGGGGGUCCCUGCGGCAGGGCAGGAGGCGGGAGGAGCACGCAGGAAGCUGGGGCCCUGCAGGCCGACCACAUCCUCACGGAGAUUCUGUCUCCCGUGGAUGAGCAGUUGUCCUACGGCAGCGCUGACCUCCCAUCCUCCUCACUCCGGGACGCCGGCCUGCCGGCGGGGCUGCAGGCAGACAGCCAUGCGAAAGCUGCUGGCCCCUACCUGGAGGAUGGGGUGCUUCCUCAGGGCUGGCCAGCCCCCCUGGGCCCCCCAGGGGAGGACACCUGUGCCGCCCACCUGUCUUCCCCAUCGAGGGAGGAGCCGGAACUAAGCCUCGAGCCCUUUGGGCAGGGGGUGCCAGGAGACCCUGGGGCGGCGGAAGGAAUCCUGGCAAGAUGGGACGUGGGAACGGAAGAGCCGCCCGGGCCUCAGGCCUCAUCCGGCUGGGAGGAGCCCGACUGA